CCUUUAUGUACCUUUUAGACUAAAGUAGGUGUUGCUAAAAAUGACGGAAGUAUUAUAAAAGAUGAUGUGAGUUAAAUAACAAACUGUUAGAUCAACUGCUUCAUCAAUACGCAAAUGUCAAGAUGAGACAUAUUACUUUCUUAAGCGUUCUCCUUCUCCACGUGACCAUACCAGUAGUAGAAGGACAAGUAAACAACACGUUAAAUGCCAUAUUGAGACGGGCUUUAGAUGAUGCAGUUAAUACUGUACAACCACAAACAUUUUCAAGUUUAGGAAUUCGGCCUGGUCAGGCUGGUCCGACAGGAGCUGCUGCUGCUCCUCCACCGACCGCGCCAACUGGAAAUAGUCCUCAAGAUUUACUUGACCUGUUUGGUGGACAAACAGAAGAUCCACAAGCAUCAUCUGCAAAUAGCAUUUCAGGACAAUUGUUUAGAGUUUUUAGACAAAACGUAGCACAGGCAGGUGAAUCAUUCCGCAGUCAAGCAGUCCAAGCAGAGUUGACUUCCCUGGCUGCUGUUGUCAAGCAAAACUGUAUGCUGCCGCUCAGACCUGCUUGUGUUGAUGGGUACCCAUACAGAUAUCCGGACGGAUCAUGUAAUAAUCCUAAUCCAAACAUUUUAAGAGGAGCGGCACAGACUGCUCAGCCACGAUUUGUGGAAGCUGAGUACGAGGAGGACGCCAUUUCCGACGACCUUCCAAGAACACACGGUCAAAAUGGCGACAAGCUGAAAAGUGCAAGGUUAAUAUCAAAUACGGUCCUAAGUACAACACAAAGCAAUCGGUCUCCAAAAAGCUCGAGGCAUACUUUGACAUUGGUGCAUUUUGCACAGUUUGUUGAUCAUGAUGUUGUCAAAACUCCUUCCACAAAGAUAAGAGACCCUCUACCAAACGAUCCGUACCACGAAAUAAAAGUAACAGAUUGUGAUGAACAUUGUGUAAUCCCAAAAGAACACUGUUUUCCAAUUGAAGUUCCCGAUAAUAACUUUGAGCGCGAUUGUAUGCACUUCGUGAGGAAUAAACCAGCACCAGGAGAGGAUUGUAUGCCAAAAACCAGGGAGCAAUUAAAUGAACGGACGUCCUUCUUGGAUUUAUCCUCGACUUAUGGAAGCAGUGAAAGACGUUUAAAAGACCUCAGGGAAUUUGAAAAUGGACGACUGAAUGCAAGUUCAGAUGACCUUCUGCCUGAUGGUCCACCUAAUGAUGACUGUUUACCUACUCAAAUUUGUUUCAUUUCUGGCGAUGAUCGGUUCCAAGAAAUUCCUAUGCUAACAGUUAUCCACAUCAACUUUCUUAGGGAGCAUAAUCGUAUAGCAGAAAAACUCCAUAAAAUCAACCCUCAUUGGAAAGAUGAGAAAUUAUUUCAGGAAGCAAGGAAAAUCUUGACAGGAAUAUAUCAACAUAUUGUUUAUAAUGAGUUCAUACCGCUACUGGUUGGAAAGUAUACAGCCCUAGGCUCUAACUUAUUAAGUACGAGCACAGGCCAUCGUAACAGUUACAAUCGGUUCGUCGACCCAGGUACUCACAACGGGUUUGGAGUGGCUGCCUAUAGAUUUGGUCAUUCUUUAGUAGGACGUUUCACUCGUGCACUCAAAUCAAAUUUUGAAGAAAAAGCUUCAAAUGAAUUACGAUUUGACUUUUUCAAUAAUGUAAAAAUUCGAGACUCUACAAUUGGCCCAACACGUAUUGGUCGAUGGAUGGCAAACAUGGUAAUGAGGAAAAGAGAUAAGUUUAUCUCCGAUCAAGUGAGAAAUCAUUUAUUUGAAACCAAGUUUACUUUUCCUAGUAAUGGUUUCGAUCUAGCAGCCUUUAACAUCCAAAGAGGACGAGAUCAUGGCAUACCUGGUUACAAUAAGUUUAGAGAGUUCUGUGGUUUAUAUGCAGCAACCAUGUUUAACGAUGGACCAAUGGGAUUCCGAGACCAUGAUUAUGACACUAUUCAAAAACUGAAAAGCAGUUAUAGUCAUCCAGAUGACGUGGAUCUGUUUGUUGGUGGUAUAUCAGAAAAACCAAACCAGAACGGUGAUAUAUUAGGACCAACAUUUAAAUGUUUGAUAGCACAACAGUUCCAGAGGUACAAAGAAGGAGAUAGAUUCUUCUACGAAAAUCCUUUCAAAGACACGGGAUUUACUGUCGAACAACUAAAUGACAUUAAGAAACAGACAUUUGCGGGAAUAUUUUGCCGCAGUUUGAAGCUUGCUGUCAUACAAAGGAAAGUUUUUGAAAAAGAAAGUUACAUAAAUCCACGUGUAAAUUGUGAUAAAGUUGCACAACCAAAGUUAUAUCUAUGGAAAGAAAAAAGGGUUAUUUGAAACAUUAAAAUUUUGAAUUU